AUCGAUCCGGAUCGAUGGUUGUAUGACGGAUUCUACUCCACACAGACAUCCCAUAAUCUGAUCCGGAUUUCAUCGCUCUACAGAGACCACACAUAGGAAUUCCAAUGGGAAAGACAAUGAGAUGCACAACAGCUGAUACAAUGUAAAACAGCAGAGCUAACGAAAGUGGAAGUUUCGAAGUUUCGCAAUACAGGAACUGGGAGUUGUCACAUUCCAAGAUGAACAAAAAAAAGCUGAAGACGGGCUGAGAGACUCCACAUCUACCUCCUUGCUGGACACUGAGAGAUGGAGGCGUUGGGUCACGUUUUCUCUGUUGCUCAGACCAUCUAUGGCCUGUGUGACCAGGCCAGCUCCAACAAGAAGCAAUGCCGCCGCCUAGAGAGGAGGAUCAAAAUGUUGCUUCUGACUGCAAGGACUCUGGAGAAGCAGCCGGAAAAGUCAAAGGCUCUGCUGGCAGUGGUGGAGGAGCUGGCCACCACGCUAGAGAACGCCAUGUGUUGGGUCAUUAAAUAUUCCCACCGCGCCUGGUGGAAACAGGUACUCCAGGCCAACAGCAUCAAGGAAGAAUUUGACAUAAUCAACGACCGCCUGGGGGAUGCUGCCGCCCAGAUCUCCGUCCUGCUGGCUGCCGAACACCGAUAUAAAUUUUCUCAGUUCUUCAUGGAGAAUACUAGGAAGAAGCAGAAUGAAAAGGAUAUAGAGGAAGACCUGCAGGAGCUCCGCACUUACCUCAACAGUCAUGUGCCCCAGAUAGAGGACAAGAUGGACAACAUGAAGGAUGAAAUGAGCAAACUGAAUGCUAAAAUGGCUGAAAUAAAUUUAGCAUGUGUCCGGCCGAAAUGGGACAUCAAAGAGAUCCGGGCGACAGAUCUGAAGCGAGGAGACCUAUUGCUGGAGCGACCCACCCAUUUCCUGUACGGUGGAGAGCUCCACCGCAGUCCUGUGGCCAUCAAAGUAUUCAAGGAUCAAAAUGUGCAGAGUGAAGAAUUCAUUCGGAGGACAUUUCAGUCUGAGAGCCAAACAAUGAAGAGAUUUGAGUGUUUAAAUAUUUUACGACUCUACGGGAUCUGUAUAGAUAAUUCAGGCCCAGAAACCUGCUACUCGUUGGUGAUGGAGUUAUGUGAGAAAGGGACACUACGGGAACUGUUACAGGCUGAACCGGACUUGCCUUGGGAUCUAAGAGUUCUUAUGGCUCUAGAUGCAGCCAGAGCGCUGUACAGGUUGCAUCAGACUGAAGCAAAAGCCAUCCUCCAUGGGAAUCUGAGCAGCUCCAAGUUUUUGGUGGAUGGAACGUAUUGUGUUAAGCUGUCAGGAUUUGAGCUCUCCAAGACAGAAUCGUCCAUCGGGAGACCCUCCAAUGUGGUCAUAAGAAAGAAGGCCAGAGAGCUGGAGUACAUCGCCCCCGAGACAUGGCAAGAUAUCAAUGCAUACGACAAACGCAGCGAGAUUUACAGCCUGGGGGUGGUGAUGUAUGAAAUCGCUACAGGAAAACCGCCCUUUCAUGGCCUGGAGGUGACAGCAGACAAUCUGGGGGAGAUGCAGGAGAAGUGGUGGGCCUCACUAGACAACGACUUUCCAUCUUCAUGUCCUGAUAAGUUCAGUGAUCUCAUCAAACGCCUCUUACAGAGGAAUCCCAAGGAUCGCCCAUCUGCUGGAGUAACUGUGGAUCUUCUCAUGGUUAAUUUGAAUCAGCAAAGGCCAGGAGGAUGUCUUCAGGAUGCCACGGCAUAGAGUGUGCCAGCAUGUGACUAUUUCUAAACUUGGUGCCCCUAUCAUAAGCAUUGUGUGCACUGGCUGGUCAAUCAAUGCUUCAUCUUGAUCAGACCGAUAUAACGGACGCUAAUGUUUUUUUAGCUGGUUGAUUGGUCAAGGAGGACCCAUGGAGGAUUGAUAUGGGAAUUAUUACCACUGCAUGAUAUGGUGCAGUGCUUUCAGUAUUUAUUUCCGGAAUCUGUGAAGAAAG